AAAGAUUUGGUAAAAACCUACCCUCCCUUUGUAAACUUCUUUGAAAUGAGCAAGGAAACAAUAAUUAAAUGUGAAAAACAGAAACCAAGAUUUCAUGCUUUUCUGAAGAUAAACCAGGCUAAACCAGAAUGUGGACGGCAAAGCCUUGUUGAACUUCUCAUCCGACCAGUCCAGAGGUUACCCAGUGUUGCGUUACUUUUGAAUGACCUUAAGAAGCAUACAGCUGAAGAAAAUCCUGACAAAAGCACUCUAGAAAAAGCUAUUGGAUCACUAAAGGAAGUAAUGACGCAUAUUAAUGAGGAUAAGAGAAAAACUGAAGCUCAGAAGCAAAUUUUUGAUGUCGUUUAUGAAGUAGAUGGAUGCCCAGCUAAUCUUUUAUCUUCUCACCGAAGUUUAAUCCAACGAGUUGAAACAAUUUCUCUAGGAGAGCACCCCUGUGACAGAGGAGAACAAGUAACUCUCUUUCUCUUCAAUGACUGCCUGGAGAUAGCAAGAAAACGACACAAAGUUAUUGGCACUUUUAGGAGUCCUCCAGGCCAUGCUCGACCUCCAGCUUCUCUUAAGCAUAUUCACCUCAUGCCUCUUUCUCAAAUUAAGAAGGUGCUGGAUAUAAGAGAGACAGAAGAUUGCCAUAAUGCUUUUGCCUUGCUCGUGAGGCCACCAACAGAGCAGGCAAAUGUGCUGCUCAGUUUCCAGAUGACAUCAGAGGAACUUCCAAAAGAAAACUGGCUAAAGAUGCUAUGUCGACAUGUAGCCAACACCAUUUGUAAAGCAGAUGCUGAAAAUCUUAUUUACACUGCUGAUCCAGACUCCUUUGAAGUAAAUACAAAAGAUAUGGACAGUACAUUGAGUAGAGCAUCUAGAGCAAUAAAAAAGACUUCUAAAAGGGUUACAAGAGCAUUCUCUUUCUCCAAAACUCCAAAAAGAGCUCUACGAAGGGCUCUCAUGGCAUCCCAAAGUUCAGGGGAGGGAAAAAGUCCACCCAGCAGUGACAAGCGUGUAAUGAGUCGUCUGUCUAGCACGUCAUCAUUAGCAGGUAUUCCAUCACCCUCCCUUGUCAGCCUCCCUUCCUUCUUUGAAAGGAGAAGUCAUACCUUAAGUAGAUCUACAACUCAUUUGAUAUGAAACUUAAAAAAAAAAAAUCUUAAUUUAUAGAAACUUAACACUUCAUGGUCAAAUAGAAACUGACUUAAAUGGUACUUGUCCUUAGCACUUGCUGAAAGCUGGAAAGAAGAUAGGUAACACUAAACUAUUUGAUAUUUUUUCUUGAAAAAGUUAACCUCUUACAUUUUUCAAAUUAAUUCAUGUAAAAAAUUGUAUUGAUUUUGAUGUAAUUUUUCUCUUUGCUUGAAUCCUUCAUUUGAAGACCAGUGACUUAAGUUAUUCAUGAUAUUGGAAGCUUUGCAACCCGAUUUCAGUAAAUAAAUUGUAUUGGUGGAUGCCAAAUAUUGCUGUGAAUUUCUUUGUAUAGUGUCCAUAAAUGAAAUUUGGAAAUACAUAUUUAUAUCUCAAUUUGUGCAGAAAUUAAGUGAUAUCACAGUUCUAACUAUAUAAAAAUCUGGAUAGAUUUCUGAUUAAAUAGUGGGGUGUUUCACAUGUGCUGUUUGAAGUAGUUACUUAACUGCUCCUUUUGCAGUUUAUUUUAUUCUCAAGUAUUUUCAAGAUCUAGCAUGUGGAUUUAAAAAGAUUUGCCCUUAUUAAAAAGAAUAACAGUUAAAGGAAAUUGUUUCAGAAUACUUUUGCAAAUUGAGUUAAGGAUAGACAGGUUAAAAAAAUGUAUAUUUUGCUCAAACAUGAUAUGAGUGUAUACUUAUAGCUGUUUCACAGACAUAUAUUUAUGGUGUUUUUUUUGCCACUAACAAAUCUUAUUUAGUUUGAUAGUGUGUGGAAUUUUAUUUUGAAGAAUGAUCAUGGGGAAUUGUGGUAAACAUUGUUUGUACUCUUAAUGAAAUAACUCUAAAGUUGGCAUCAGUUUUACUAAUCUGCUGUAAAAUACAUAGAUAUGUGUAUGGUCAACUUUUUAUUGUGAUGCCAUAAUUAAAUGUAAAAUUGAAAUACAUUUAUUUGCUGUUGUAAAAUACUUUUCAAGCCCUGAUGUUAUCUUUCACAGUAGUUUUUUUUUAUAGUCAGUAAUGCAAAAUAAUCAAGUUCCUGUGGAUAUAUGCAUUUUUAUUUCCUACUUGUUUAGGGAGUACUGCAAACAUUUAAUUGUCAUUUAACAAUUCUCAGUUAUCUGCUUUAAUAGUAACUGACUAUAUAGAUUUUUUUCUAUACCAUGUAUGUAUCUCUUUUAAAUAGUAAAUGACCCUUUACUGCUCUAUUUUAAAAGCAGUUGUAUUAGUAAGAACUUUGUAAAUAAAUACUUAAAACCUGAGU